AUGUCGACUAUUAUGAGAACGCUGCGCAACUUGCGCUCAAUUGGCCUCAAGGAAUAUGGCCACCAGAUGCAGUACAUGGGUACGAUGUGCAACGAUCUCGACAUCUCGCGACCGAAACUGAAGGAUGUCAAGAACAAGUACCAGCCAUGGACCCCAGUCGCUGCUCCUAGAAACUAA